CCACCUUACAGAGGAGGACACAGGCCCAGAGAUGGGAAGCCACUCGCCUCUGUACACGUAGCUGGGCUUGGCUAUGACCCGUACAACCCGGAGCUGCCCAAGCCCCCCGCACAGAGGGAGAAUGGCGUCCUGGGCAGAGGGGACGAGCCCCGCUCAGACAUCCUGGAGCUGGAGCUGGUCAACCAGGCCAUCGAGGCCGUGCGCUCCGAGGUGGAGAUGGAGCAGCGGCGGUACCAGGAGCUCCUGGAGACGGCCCGUGAGCACAUCUCAGCCGAGGUCCCCGCCCUGGCGCCCCACGGUCCCGCCGCCGGCCUGGACGAGGACACCUUUCCCCUGUCCUUCGAGUACAGCCCUGGCGGCUGUGACCUGUUGAGCCCCGACGCCGGCUACCAGCCCACCCCGCUGGCUGCCCCUGCCGAGGCGGGCAGCAAGUACUCGCUGGCCGCUCUGGACCGGGCUCAGGGUCAUGGCGGAGGGGGCAGCAGUGCCCUGGAGUAUGUCCCCAAGGCGGUGAGCCAGCCCCGGCGGUAUAGCCGCCCGGUGUCCAGCGGCAAGUACGUGGUGGAUGACUCGAAGCCGUCCACAGACCUGGAGUAUGACCCGCUGUCCAACUUCUCCGCCCGGCUGCUCGGCGGGGCCAGCUCCAGGGAUGGCCGGGCCCCCAAGCGGCCUCGGGGCUCCCGCGGCAGCAGUGAGCCCUACAUGCCCGUGCUCAAGAAGCCCUGUGACCCCUUUGGGGGCUGCGAGGCCCGGUUCUCCGACUCAGAUGAUGACGCUGCCACGGCAACAGGGAAACAGCCUGUCACCGCCAGUCCCCCAAGGGCCCAGGCGGGGGCCGAGAGCAAAGGCCCCAAGAAGCCGGGCUCCAGGGAGAGCCAGGAGCCUGAGGACGGUGGCCUGCGGGAGACCAAGGAGAUGGCCGUGCAGUACGACGUGGGGGACCUCGGGCAGCCUCCCAAGGGCCCUGGUGGGGCGUCCCCGGCCAAGCCUGACUUCCCGGCCAUCGCCUCGCAAGAGCACAGUGGCCCCAAGGAGGGGAGACCCAAGAAGAAAAAUGGGGUGCCGCCGGUCCCCAGCCCUAGGGACAGUGGCCGGAAGACAGACAGGGGUGAGGACAGAGAGCAUGGGAAGCUGGCCGGGAAGCCCUGUGCCGGCAAGAAGGGCCCGCAGGCUGGCAGCCACCAGCGCAAGGGGGAGCGGCCCCAAGGGACCAAGAAAAAGCCAUCUCUGGCCACCUCGGUGGCCAGCUCAGGGAAAGGCCGGCCCGACCGGCCGGGGUUGCAGCCAAGCCCCACGCGUGGGGAUGCCCCCCAGCUGCCAGACAGGACAGGCGGAAAGGCCCCGCCGGGGAAGCUGGCGGAGCGGAAGGCCUGCUCACUGGACGAGGGCGCCUCCCAGGCCGCCCCGAAGCUGCCGAGGAGGACCCUGAGCCACGUGGACCUCUUCGGGGAUGAGAGCGAGGACGAGGAGCCAGGGCCCAGAGCGCCCGGACUGCGGGCCCCUGCCCUCCCCAGCCUCAGCUCCAGCUCAGACUCGGACUCUGACUCCAGCCUGGGCCUCGUGGCCACACGGGGGCCACACAAGCGCCUCAAGGCCACCCCGCCCCCCUCGCCUGGCCGGGCCUCCCCCUCGUCCUCCCCCUCAUCCUCGGGGGCGGGCACAGACGUGGACUACGCGGCCCUGGAGAAGGAGGUCGACUUCGACUCGGACCCUAUGGAGGAGUGCCUGCGCAUUUUCAACGAGUCCACCUGCGUCAAGACGGAGGAUAGGGGCCGGCUGGCCCGGCAGCCCCCCAAGAAAGAGAAGGUCGAGGAUCGGGAGCCGUCGGGCCUGAGCACUCUGUUUCCCGGGCAGAGGAGGAGGGUGUCGCACCUCUCCAGGCACGGCAAGGAGCCGGAGCCCGGGAGAAGAGUCCCGGUGCCCCCCGCCCGGCCGCCCACGGCCCAGGAGGUGUGCUACCGGCGGGCUCAGCAGGCGCAGAGGGAGUCAGCCGGCUGGCUGCAGGCUGCCCAGCGGCCGGCUGAGAAGCCGUCCUCUGUCCACCUCUCAGCCCCCGGUGAGAAAAGGAGGACAGCCCACGUCCCCAACCCUCGCCUGGCUGCAGCCCCCACAGGCGCCAAGAGAACCCUCGCAGCCAGCAGCAGCCAGCCUCCCAAUGGCCUCGAGCCAGGCAGCCAGCCCCUGAAGACGCGAACGCUGUCGGGCAUGGCGUCCAAGACCACCAGCACCGUCACCCCCAAGCGUGUGGCGCACAGCCCCUCGUUACAGAGUUUAAAGAAGCCCGUUAUCCCAAAAGAGUUUGGGGGCAAAGUCCCCACCGUCAUCCGCCAACGCUAUCUCAACCUGUUUAUUGAGGAGUGUCUCAAGUUCUGUCCCUCCAACCAAGAAGCCAUAGAGAAGGCGCUGAACGAGGAGAAGGCGGCCUAUGACCGCAGCCCCAGCAAGAACAUCUACCUGAACCUGGCUGUGAACACGCUCAAGAAGCUGCGGGGCCUGGGCCCGAGCAGCGUUCCGGGCCUCAGCAAAAGCGGUGGCCGCAGGGUCGUGUCCCAUGAGGUGGUGCUGGGGGGCAAGUUGGCCGCCAAGACCAGCUUCUCUAUCAGCCGCCCGACCAGCCCGCGGGUGGAGGACCUGAAAGGGGCGGCCCUGUAUGGACGCCUCAGGGACUACUUGCUCACCGAGGACCAGCUCAAAGAGAAUGGCUACCCCUUCCCGCACCCCGGGCGGCCGGGCGGCGCCGUCAUCUUCACGGCCGAGGACAAGCCUCCCAAAGAUUCCUCCUGCAGGGUCUGCUGCCGCUGUGGCACGGAGUACCUCGUGUCUCCCUCGGGCCGCUGCGUGCGCGACGAGGAGUGUCACUACCACUGGGGGCGGCCCCGCCGGAACCGAGCGGCUGGCGGCUGGGAGACUCAGUACAUGUGCUGUUCGGCUGCCAUCGGCGCCGCUGGUUGUCAGGUUGCCAAGCAACACGUGCAGGAUGGACGCAAGGAAAACUUGGAGGGGUUCGUGAAGACCUUUGAUAAGGAGCUUCCGGAAGACGCUCACCCUGGAAUCUACGCCCUUGACUGUGAGAUGUCCUACACUACGUACGGCCUGGAGCUGACACGUGUCACGGUGGUGGACACCGACAUGCAGGUCGUCUACGACACCUUUGUCAAGCCGGACAACGAGAUCGUUGACUACAACACGAGGUUUUCAGGGGUGACCGAGGCCGACCUCGCCGACACGAGCAUCUCGCUCCGGGACGUCCAGGCUGUCCUGCUCAGCAUGUUUAGUGCCGACACCAUCCUCAUCGGACACAGCCUGGAGAGCGACCUGCUGGCCUUGAAGAUCAUCCACAGCACCGUGGUGGACACGGCGGUGCUCUUUCCGCACCGCCUGGGCCUGCCCUACAAACGCUCCCUGCGCAACCUCAUGGCCGACUACCUCAGACAGAUCAUCCAGGACAACGUGGACGGGCACAGCUCCAGCGAG